AUGAAGUUUUCCCUGCCCACCAUCCUCGCCCUCCCCCUCGUCGCCCUCGCCGCGCCCUCCCCCUCCUCCCCCGCCUCCGACGUCCAAGCCCGCGACUGCACCAUCCACGGCCAGUGGGACUCCAACUGGGUCGAGUACGGCAACUCGCGCUACCGCGUGCGCAUCUGGGGCGACGGCAACACCAAGGACCGCUGGUGCGACUUUUACUGGAAGUACGGAUCUUUCGUCACCAUUUCCAACCCCGCGUGCUGGGUGGACGGCGACAAGGCCAUCAGCGACGUCAGCUACGGCCGCGGACCGAUCGGCUACGAGCAGUACAAGAAGACCUUCUGGGACGCCUUCAUCGCCAUGGAACGCGAGACGGGCUGCAAGCUGGACGUGAACCUGUAA